AUGGCCGCCCCCCCUGGUCCCGGUGGCGGCGACCAAGACAGCCUGCCGUGUGCGGCCCCCGCUCCCCUCCCGGCCCCCCCGCUGCAGCCUCUGCUCCCGGACCCCGAGGUGGUGCUCACCCCGGACAGGGAGGGCGGCGCUGCCGGGGGCAUCCUGCGGCGGCGCCGCGCGGGCAGAGCCCCCCGCAGACAGGUUCGUUUCCAGCUGGGCUCCAGUUCUCAUGAGGUUGGAUGCGGCAGCCUGCAUCUGCCAGGGCGGGCAGAGGAGGCCCAGGGUGCCCAUGGCAGCUGCCCCCUUGCUGGUGGCCUGCUGACGAGAGAGCCCCAUGGCAGUUUGACAGAGGACCAGUGGCCUGAGCAACCCCACGGGCUUGGCACCCCUGUUCUACAAAGCACCAUCGCUUUGGGGGCCGAGGUCCAGGCGGCACGGGAGCAGGGCUUUGAUGCCCAGCGGGCAGCCAGGGACCUCCUCCAGCGCUCCUUUCUCGCCCGAUGCACAAUAGAAGCUCGAGUAGGCGAAGGCAUGAACCUCCCUCGGGAGCAGCAGCUCUACCAAGGACUAGUCAGCCUGCAGGUGCCUGAAGAGGAACUGCUGAGCUCUGUCAUGCAGGAGAAACGGGUGCUUGCCGGGCCCCGGCCUGAGGCCAGGAAGGAGCCAGCCUGCAAAGGCCCAGACCUGAUGGCCUUCUAUGACCCAGAACAGCUGUUCACAGAGACUGCUUUCUUGGAGGUGGAGGGGUUACCCCCCCUGGAGCUGAAGCCACGUGCCCGAGACCCUGCGGCCACCUUCUUGAUGUACCGGAAGCUGCGCCAGUGGGACAGCUGA